GGGCAAUCUGCUAACACUAAAACACACUCUUACUAUCUUCACUUAUGAUUGCGGACACAUUGCCUAACACUGCGAUCAUGGAGUCCUCGCGUGGCCCGCCCCGGGUCAAGAACAAGGCGCCAGCGCCGCAGCAGAUAUCCGCCGAACAACUACUACGAGAAGCAGUCGACCGUCAGGAGCCCAACCUGAGUAAGCCGACGCAGAAGUUCGCGGAUCUCGAAGAACUUCAUGAAUACCAAGGCCGCCGGCGGAAGGAAUUUGAAGACCAUGUCCGACGAAACCGCCUCAACAUGGGUAACUGGAUGCGGUACGCCGCCUGGGAGUUGGAGCAGAAGGAGUAUCGCCGCGCUCGUUCCGUCUUCGAACGUUCCCUUGAUGUCGAACCUACGAACGUGCAACUGUGGGUACGGUACAUCGAGAGCGAAAUGAAGGAGCGCAAUAUCAACCAUGCGCGGAAUCUGCUGGAUCGAGCCGUAACAAUUCUGCCGCGUAUCGACAAGCUUUGGUACAAGUAUGUGUACAUGGAGGAGAUGCUUGGCAACAUUGCUGGAACCCGCGCGGUGUUUGAGCGGUGGAUGAGCUGGGAGCCGGACGAGGCGGCUUGGUCGGCGUAUAUUAAGCUGGAGAAGCGGUACGGCGAGUAUGACCGCGCGAGAUGCAUCUUUGAGCGGUUCACGAUCGUGCAUCCUGAGGCAAGGAAUUGGAUAAAAUGGGCGAAGUUCGAGGAAGAGAAUGGGACAAGUGGCCUUGUGCGGGAGGUGUUCGGGAUGGCAAUCGAAACCCUAGGCGAUGAGUUCAUGGACGAGAAGAUCUUCAUCGCAUACGCGCGGUUCGAGGCGAGGUUAAAGGAGUACGAGCGCGCAAGGGCUAUCUAUAAGUAUGCGCUGGAUCGUAUGCCGCGGAGCAAGAGCGGCAUACUGCAUAAGCAGUACACAGUGUUCGAGAAGCAAUUUGGUGAUCGGGAGGGAGUGGAGGAUGUUGUCCUGGCGAAACGGAGAGUAAUGUACGAGGAACAAGUGAAAGAGAAUCCUCGCAACUACGACAGCUGGUUCGAUUACGCUCGACUUGAGGAGAGCUCCCCUUCCAGCUCCGCAGACAAAGUGCGAGACGUCUACGAACGUGCGAUCGCACAAGUCCCGCCGUCGACCGAGAAGCGCCAUUGGCGACGCUACAUCUAUCUUUGGAUCUUCUAUGCCUUGUACGAGGAGCUUAUAGCCCGAGACGCCGCCCGCGCCGAGCAAGUGUACGUCGAAGCACUUAAACUUAUACCGCACAAGCACUUCACCUUCGCCAAGAUCUGGAUAUUGAAAGCUCAAUUUCACAUCCGGCAAGGCGACAUCACGAAGGCGCGGAAAAACAUGGGAGCUGCAAUUGGUCAGUGUCCCAAGAAUAAGCUUUUCCGCGGAUACAUCGACAUGGAGCUCAAGCUGUUCGAGUUCGUGCGCUGUCGUACGCUAUACGAGAAGUGGAUCGGAUGGGACUCUGGUAAUGCGCAGGCGUGGAUCAAGUUCGCGGAGCUGGAGCGCGGGCUGGACGACAUUGAUCGAUGCCGCGCCAUCUUUGAGCUGGCGAUUGUGCAAUCAGUGCUGGAUAUGCCGGAGAUGGUUUGGAAAGCGUAUAUUGACUUCGAGGAAGACAUUGCUGAAGCGCCAGAGGACUUUGAGCGGCCGAGGAGGUUGUAUGAGAGAUUGCUGCAGAAGACGGAUCAUGUCAAGGUCUGGACAUCAUUUGCGCAGUUCGAGCUGAACGUGCCGGACCCGGAGCAACCAGACGCGGAGACUGCGUCUCCGACCUCUAUCGCGCGCGCACGAGGUGUUUUCGAGCGGGCGUACAAAAUCUACAAAGAUAAGAACCUCGUCGAAGAGCGAGUGGCGUUGCUUAAUGCAUGGAAGUCGUUCGAAGAUACUCAUGGCAAUGAGGAGCAGAGGGAGAAGGUGGCGAAGCAAAUGCCGAGACGCGUCAAGAAGAGGCGGCGCCUCGACGACGAUUCCUUUGAGGAGUACAUGGACUGGGUCUUCCCGGCGGAUGAUGAGGCGAGCGGCAAGAUGUCGAAGCUCAUGGCUAUGGCGCAGAAAUGGAAGAGGGAGCAAGAAGCGGCGGUUGCGGCGGACGGAGACGCGAUGGCACAAUAGGUACUUGAACAAGCCGUCGACAGUCCUCUUGCAUGCAGCGUUUGUGCGAACAUAUCUAUUGUAUUUCCACGAUCCAAGC